GGCACACGUAAAAUGGGGUAAAACAGGUCCCUAUUGGAUUUUGCUGCAUAACAUGAAUGAACUUACUUCUCCUUUGACCAAAGUUUCGUGUCCGAAACGUCAUUGAAGCCGAGUGUCAAACCGAUAUACAAAAACAAAAGCGUUUUUGGAAUGAUUUUCAAAAUUUUAUUACAAUGUUUGUUUGUUAGUUUUGUAUAUUCUAUAUCACAGCAUCCGAUACUAAUAAUAGUGUCGUACGAUGCGUUCCGACAUGACUUCUUCGAAACACAAAUGGUACCAUAUAUGGAAAAGCUCAAGAAAACUGGCGCGUCCGUCGAUUAUGUGAAAAAUGUUUUUCCAACUAAAACGUUCCCCAAUCACCACUCAAUUGCCACUGGCUUGUUACCAGAUGUUCAUGGUAUAAUUGGCAAUACGUAUUAUGAUCGAGACUUGAAAAAGGCCAUGAAUAUGAGCUAUGAAAUGUACCAUUAUAAUAAUAACAUUGUACCCAUUUGGCGCUUGAAUGAGGAUAUGGGGGAAGGAAGACACUCGGCAAGCAUGAUGUGGCCUGGAGCUGCAUAUGCUUAUCAAAAUAAGAAUAUAACACAUGUCCAACCAUACAAUACCAGCAUAGACUGGCAUGAAAGAAUUGACAAAGUUAUUAGUUGGAUUACGCAUCCAACACAUCCAGCUAAUCUAGUCAUGGUGUACUUUGAAGAACCAGACACACACGGACAUGCCUAUGGCCCUAAUUCACCAGUUAUUAUGGAUUUGCUUCAGAAAUUGGACAAUCUGACUAAAUAUUUAGAUGACAAAAUAAAAGAGCACAACUUGGAAAACACUGUAAAUGUGAUCCACCUAAGUGACCAUGGGUUAACAGCAGUAACUCCUCUUGAAUUUGUGAAUGUUACUCAAUAUUUAACACAAGGAACUUACAUAACUGAAGGAGCCAGCCCUUGCAUGCAGAUUAUUGCCAAAGAAGGUCACCUUGAUGAAAUCUAUGAGAAACUGUCUCAAGCAAGCAAAAAAGUGGGAAAGUUCAAAAUAUUAACCAAGGAGAACUUCACUCAGUACCAUUAUUUAACCAGUAGAUCACCUGACAUACUGGUGUUGGCAAAUGAAGGCUACGCCCUUGAUGACAUGAUACUGGCAGCCCCCAGAUAUGCAGCCCACUAUAAUUUCACUUUGACCAACGAAACGGAAUUCGGGGUGCACGGUUACUUCAGCCAGUUAAGCAAGGACAUGUACCCGUUCUUCAUGGCUAGAGGGCCGCGUUUCAAACAGAACUACCGCAAGGAGACCGUCAACACCGUCGACUUCUUCAACUUGUUCAGCCACGUGCUGGGCAUAGAGCCGACCCUCAACAACGGCACGUGGGAGCACGUCGAGGACUUCCUGGUGCCGGCCAGUAAAAGUAAAUACAGCCUCACAUCUAUUCUGGUGGUGACUGUAGGGGGCGUGUUGAUCACGAUCGUGCUGGUCAGUGUGGCCGCCAUCCUCACGUUGAUCAUGAUUAAGAGGCAACAGAAGAAGACCACGGAAGCGGCGUUGAAUAAAAGGUUCCCGCAAGCAUUUCAGAGCCAGUACGAGUCUGAACAUCUGCUGCAGUCGGAGGAAUCGUCUUAAAUUCACGUUCCUCAAAGAUUGAUUGCUUGAUUUUAAACUUAACUGACGUGACAAAAUUGAUUAAGCACGAAUUUAAUUGGAUUGUUUAAGUUUUUCAAGUUUCUAUAAGUUUGUUGCGCUCGCAAAUGCUGUUUAAUCCAUUUAGAAAAGCUGAAUUGGCUCCUGUUUUGACAGCUUUAUUAUACUUUUAUUUAUUUGAAGAUUUUUUACUUCUCUUAAAAUUUGCUUUAACCAAAAUGUGAUGAUAUUAAGCUAAGUGAUUACUAAACAAUAAUAUACAAGUUAAUUUAUUUUCCAUUUAUUUUGAUAAGUGGUAAAUAAUUUUAUUAAUUAGUGCACAUAACGAGCGUAAUUUAUUUUCAAAUCAGGCAACAUUCUAUAUUUUGAUAGUUCCUAUGAUUUCUUUUAACUUUAUCGCAUCAUCGAAUAUUAAACAGUUCUACAAUUUAAUACAGAUAAUCAGUUGUGCCUAAAUGCAAAGCGGACUUAUUUAUCUGCCAUAUUAAACCCUCUUACUAGUCUAUAGAAGCAUUAACAUGCGCUUUAAACAGUUCUUGUCUGUGUAUUAAUAAUACUGGCCAUUGUCUUAUCUGAUAAGGUGGUGUUACGACGUCACCAUUAUUUAAUUCUUAAACAUUUACAUGUGUGCAAUACCACAUAUUUAAUUUCUAGAAGAUUUUGAAUCUAUUAUUCUAAUUUGAUGCUAGUGACGAUAUAUUUAUAUCUUUUUUAUUAAUAUUUUUUAAUAUACUUGUAUUUAUUUUUUAAACUAUAAUAGUUCUACUCAAUUUGUUUAUUAUUCACUGCUACUAAUUAUUGUAAAUUUUAAAUGGACAUUGUUCUCCCAUUUUAUUUGUCGAAACCGUCUUGCUAUUCCCUCUUCAAAUAAUAUUUUGAAGGCGUUUGACUAUUGUGAUUGUAAAUACGUCCAAUACCUCUGGCACUGAAUUAGUUGUUUUACAUUAGUGAAUGAUUUCACAAAUAAAACCCGACAAUAAAUGUUUCUCUCAUUUAUAUCUAGUCCAAACUAAUAAUCUACGCCGCCAGAUUAAGUAAAUGCAACAAUCAAAUAUUUAUUAGUCCCAAAACUUAUUUGAUUAUUGUAAGUGCGGCCUUAGACAUGACUUGAAAAUACGUUGUUUGCUCACAUGUGUAGAUAGUGGAAUAUCAAAUUUGUGUAAGCACAUAUAUUGUAGAUUUAAGUUGCUCCUAAGGUUUCAGUCCACUAAUAUCAGCCAUUAGUUUAACACAUUUUUUUAAUAGUCUCAUUUAGUUUUUAUUUGGAUUGAGAGAUAGUGGAUUAUUUUUAUUGUUUUAGAAACCUUAAGUGAAUUAAAAUCUGAAUAGUGUAUUUGAAAAUAUUGUCAAAGUAUUUUGCUAUGGCGUCAAAAUUUAUCUUACAACUAGUUUUGUUAUAUUAUUAGACAUUUAAUACGUCCAUCUAUAAUAGAGUGUAAAAGUUUCUCAUUAAUUUCAUAUUUUAUAGUAAUGUUUAAUUAAAUAGUUCUUCAAAUGAGGAAAAUUUUAUGUUAUAAGUUGGUUGUGUGAUAUUUAUUUUUAUUUAUUACUAAAUUAUAUUGAAAUUUUAGCAUGUACCAUAUUUAAUGUGAAUCCUUUGAUUAUUACAACAAAAUAUUCGUCAAAAAUAUAUAAUAUAAAAUUUCUCCUCAUGUUAUUAAUUUCUAUAUCAUAAUAGAAGUGAGAAGAAACGGUUGGUGAUUGUAUUUGCCAAAUAUGCUAAAUUAGAUAUCUAUAGUUGCAUGUAUCAUUUUCAAAGAGAGCACAAUUUUUGGGUGAUAUUAAAUUAUUAGUACUUUUGUUUUAAUACUAAUUGUUCUAUUUUGAAUUUAAAUAAAAUAUUAAAAUAUAAA